GAACCCAUCUUGCACCAAAAGAAGCCCAACAUCAUCGAACUCGCGCACAAACGGGAGGGUUUUGGUGAGAAGCUCGUAGGAGAAACAGAGUGAGCUUCAUUUCUCGUCGCUCCGUCUAUCGAUUUCAGUGUCAAUGAAGCUCCUUCAAUCUGUCGCCGGUCAAAGCCGCUCGCUUGUCCGUUUUCUUGGACAGCGUCGAUCUUUUGCUGUUUCUACGGAAGAGUACAGAAAACGGAAUUACGCUGAUAAUGUUUCCGAGUACAAAACCGUUAUUGCCUCCCUCACUUCCCAGAGAAGGUACUUCUCAUUGAGGGAUGUGUAUGACGAUAUGAUGUUGGAUGGAGUGCAGCCUACAAUGGACGUUUUCCACUUACUGAUAACUGGAACCAUGAAAGGCGCUCGUUUCCAACAUGCUUUUUUCUUCAGGGAUGAAAUGAAGGCCAUGGGUUUGAUUCCUGAUGUUAGUCUGUAUAACAUGCUGAUCUCAUUAUGUGGUAAAUGUAACAACUCUGAAGAGGCUGUCCGGAUCUUAGAUGAGAUGAGGAGAUAUGAAGUGAAGCCAAAUUCACAGACGUACAUCUGUCUACUUAAUGCUUGUGCAGCUGCUGGUAGAUUAGAUCGCGUGUAUACGAUUGUCAGAGAUAUGACUUCUGCUGGCCUUGGCUUAAACAAGUUCUGCUAUGCUGGACUUAUAGCUGCACAUAUGAACAAGAAACCUGUGGCAGAUGAUUUUGCUACUAAAGUGGUUGAAUUUGUUGAACGGUCAAAGGAAUGGUUAUCGGUUGAUGCAUCAAGUGUAACAGCUGAAAAUGUAAUGAUGGGUGUUUCAGAAGAGGAAUUGUACAAUAUUCCGACUGCUGAAUAUGUUCAUAGACGUGGAGGAUUUUUGAACAAACAGUUGACUAUUUAUCAUGUUGCUUUAAAUGCUUGUGCAAAUCUCAAGAAUGUGGAGGUUAUGGAGACCAUAAUGGAUAUGUUAAAGAAGGAUGGAAAAACUCCCGAUGUCUACAUAAUAAUGCAAGUCAUGAGGUGCUAUCUACAUUCUGGAGAUAUUGAUCGUGGUCAUAAAGCUUUUGAGGAGCACUUAAAUUCUGGGGGUUCUGUAGCAGCUGAACUCUAUUCAACGCUUGUGGAAGGAGCCAUGAUUGGUUAUACACCAAAGGGAAUGCAAUUGGCUCAAGAAACACUGGAAAACAUGAAUUCCAGGGGCUUUUUCUUGAACGCCAGAUUAGGAAGUGAGCUCCUCCUUGCAGCAGCGGGUGAAAAGACUGGUGGUUAUACAACUGCCAAUUAUAUAUGGGACCUCUUGCAAGCUCGACAGAUAACUCCUUCAUUCGCUGCUGUGGACGCUUAUUACAGGGGAUUGAAGGAUCGUGAGAUUCCAGAAGAUGACGCUAGGCUUUUAUUAGUUUCUCGAAUCCACGAAAAUCUUCGAGCCAGAUUUGGUGGCGACCGAGCAUAAUCUAAAUCAGAUUUGGUGUCUCCACAUUGAGAAUAAUUUAUGCUCCAAUUUUAAUUGAUUCUUCCAUCAGUUGAAGGUAUGCAUUAUGAUGUGUAUCCAACGGUCUAUAGGUGUUUAAGCCUUUAGAAUUAUGUAUUUUGAAUAGUGAAAGUGGAGAUUUGAUAGCAAGUUUUGAGUACUUAUUUUGGCCUAGAUUUAAUUUUAAUUUUAGUAUUACUUUCAAAGAAUUACAAGUUUGGAUUCCAGUUUCUUUCUUUUGUGUAUAUUAUUAUACAUAGUGGUUUAAGUUUCA